AUGUUUAAACAACCACAGCUGCAGAUCGGACGGGAUUAUACGCCGCUUCCUCCCUCGCCUGAAGACGGCGACUCAUUGCGAUUCUUCAUUCGCAGAGAUGCGUUCGGGGAGGUAUCGCGGUACUUGCAUGGGUUGGAACUGGGAACGCCGAUUGAAAUCAGGGGUCCCCGGAUAGAAUGUGAAAUUUCGAAGGAUACGCGACAGAUUAUCUUCAUUGCUGGGGGGACAGGAAUCGCACCUGCUCUCCAAGCCGGACACACGCUUCUUCGCCGGGCCAAUUCAACCAACAAGCCUCAGAUACACAUUCUUUGGGCGAAUCGCCGUCGCGAGGACUGUGCUGGAGGAGUUAGCGAUACGAUGGGAGCAGAGCAGUCUCAGACAUCUCCAUGGUACACGAGAAUCUUCAACCGAUCCCCUCCAACAACCGCUCCGACGCCGGUGACCGCCGCGGAGACCGCUCCCUCUCUUAUGGUUCGAGAGAUCGAGGCGCUGAAGUCGCAAUACCCCGGACAGGUAACAGUGGACUAUUAUGUCGAUGAAGAAAACCAGUUCAUCGGAAAGGAGGCGAUUCGGCGCGUUACGACUUCGGCAUCCGAGUCAUCGGGGAAGAUGAUCCUGGUGUCGGGGCCGGAAGGGUUCAUCAGCUACAUGGCUGGUCCAAAGCUUUGGGCCCAGGGGAUGGAGCUGCAAGGGCCGGUUCAAGGGAUUAUUCGUGAACUGGAAUUGAGGGACUGGACCGUGUGGAAGUUGUAG